CUCUGAGAAGGCUGCCGAGGCUAAGGGUGACUGGUCCUUGGCUCAGGUCGGUGCAGUUGUCUUUCGGCGCAGGGGCUUUAUCUGGCUGCGCGCGGGUGUUUUACGGUAAAACUCGGCCAGAAUUCGGGGGCUGUCGGUGUGCUGCUGGGUCUUAUGGGAGAGACUUGGCAGACGUAGGCGCGCAGGUUCCUCUGUUUCGGGCGUUAAGAAUGGGGAACAGUACAUCUGCUACAACAAACUUAUCUAAUGUUGCCACUGCUAACCAAAUACAGGAAGCUAUCUUGGACAACUGUGUAGUGAUCUUCUCAAAGACAACUUGUUCCUAUUGCAACAUGGCAAAAAAAUUAUUUCGGGAUAUGAAUGUAAACUACAAAGCCAUAGAGCUAGACACGUAUGAAAACGGAAAACAAUUUCAAGAUGUUCUUCAUCGAAUGACUGGUGGCAGGACAGUUCCCCGAAUAUUUAUCAAUGGAACUUUUGUUGGAGGGGCUACAGAUACUCAGAGACUCCACCAGGAGGGCAAGCUGCUUCCUUUAGUGUCCCAGUGUCAAGUGCAAAGAUCAAGAAACUUAGAACAACCGUGUAGCUUUCCUUAACCUUGUUCUUGAUCACUUAGCAUUUAGUCACAUUUUUUUUAAACACCAAGGAUAUGUGCCUAACAAGUAGAUAAGAGUUUUGGCAACUUGAGAAAACCAGGUAAUGAGUGGUUUAGAACAUCUUUCUUCCAAUCUUCAAGUUGUCCUAUAAUUACAGGUUCCAUUUUGAUAUUUCACCUCAGCUCUUCACAUGGUGCUAGCAUUUUAUGUAGCGUCAAACUGUCUUAAGAGAAUACGUCUUUAAAAAGCAGUAUUUGCUAAAUGAACAUGAAGCUGAUGUGUAUGUGAGGCUUUGGUAGAUUAUAAUUGUGGCCAAAUUAGUUCUUAAGAGUGUUUGCUGGGGGAGUAAACCUACUGCCAGUAACAAGAUAAAACUACGCCAGAGUAAACACUGCUUACAUGAGUUACCACAAAGUCUCAUUCCAAUAGGACACUGAUGCAACAAGGACAACAGUAAAUCUGAUAUUUCCCUUGCCCACUCAAGCCAUGAAGUAGUAGGAAAAGAGAUCAAGAGUGCAUGAAAAUAAGGUUAUUUCUAAUAUAUCCCAUUUACAAGGCUUCUUUCUGCUUUGUGCUAGACUCACAGAACUGAGCAGAGUUUUCCUUGUGCAAACAUCAGGGUGUUUCAGUGCCACCCCCAUACACAGUUCAGAAAGUCACUCCUGAAGGUCAAGUGACCCUUCAGGGCAGCAUUCUAUAAGACACAAAGGGCUGUAGCUGAAAGGAAAAAUGGAUUGCCAUUCUUGGCAGAGGGCAGCUGUGUCUUUUUGGAACUCAGCCUCAGAUUCUAAUUCAGGAGGCUGUUUUCAUAAUGAAGCAAAAGGGUGGGGGAGUCUCACAAAGGCCCUGUGAGAAUGCUGUGAAGAAAAUUAAUGUAGGAAGAGUAUCUGCUGCAUGUCAGUUCCCAGCGUUUCAGCUAGAGCUUAGAAGUAAUGGUAGGUCCAGAAUAUUGCAUCCCCUCGUUAAGAAUGAACAAGCCCCUGGUUGCUAUAGCCAGCCAGCUGGAGGGCAGUGCUAGAUCAUAUUUUGAGAAAUGUGUUUUUCAAAAUCCAAAUGGGGUGCUUACCAGGAAGAACUGGUGGGUUAUAGGGCAACAAGUGCCCCUACUUUGGAGCAAUGCUGCGUUUGAAGAAUGGUUGAGGACAAAAAUAAAAAUGACCUGGGAAAUGUACUUUUGCCUGAUAGAAUUCUUAGGCAGAAGAAGCGUUAAGCACCCCUCUUGCCUGCAAAAUAUCCUCUCCCCCCUCCCUUAGCAUCAUGCAAAUAAGAGGGUAGGGGAAGCCCUCCUUUCCUGUAGUCAUAGAGAAUGGCAAAGUACAAUUCUGUUUUAAGUGUAAUGAAUCACAGUUUGUAAACUUUUAUCUGUUGUCUUGCAAAUACAUUCGUGGAACUAUAGGCAAGCCAGUUA